AUGCUCAGCCUGCUGUUGCCGUGCCCCCCCCGGACGCCGAGGGAGAACCACCCAAGCAACCAGGCAUCAUCCCAUCACCACGACACCGGAGACAUCCAUACGGCCAACAGCCAUACGGCCAACAUCCAUACGGCCAACAGCCAUACGGCCAACAGCCAUACGGCCAACAGCCAUACGGCCAACAGCCAUACGGCCAACAGCCAUACGGCCAACAUCCAUACGGCCAACAGCCAUACGGCCAACAGCCAUACGGCCAACAGCCAUACGGCCAAUGCACACACCGACCCCAGUCAGACAGUACAAAUACCACGCUGUCUGGGCCGCUCCAGACCCCACAGUCAAGACAGUAACAAUACCACACUGGCUGGCCACGCCUCCAAGACCCCCACAGUCAGACAGUUACCAAUACCACGCUGUUCUGGCCCGCCUACAGACCCCACAGUCAGACAGUACAAUACCACGCUGUCUGGCCUGCGUCCAAACCCACAGUCAGACAGGUACAAUACCACCACUGGUGGCCCGCCCAGACCCCACAGUCAGACAGUACAAUACCACGCUGUCUGGCCCGCUACAACCCCACAGUUCAGACAGUACAAUACCACACUGGCUGGCCCGCUCCAGACCCCACAGUCAGACAGUACAAUUACCACGCUGGCUGGGCCCCGCUCCAGACCCCACAGUCAGACAGUACAAUACAACGCUGUCUGGCCCGCUCCAGACCCCACAGUCAGACAGUACAAUUACCACGCUGGCUGGCCCGCUCCAACCCCACAGUCAGACAGUAACAAUACCACGCGUCUGGGCCGCUCCAGACCCCACAGGUCGAAUAGUACCAAUACCACGCUGUUCUGGCCGCUACAGACCCCACAGUCAGACAGUACAAUACACCACUGGCUGGCCCGCUGCCAGACCCCACAGUCAGACAGUACAAUACCACGCUGGCUGCCUGCCUCCAGACCCCCACCAGUCAGGGAAACAGUACAAUACCACGGCUGGCUGGCCUGCUCCAGACCCCACAAGUUCAGACAGUACAAUACCACGCUGGCUGGCCCACCUACCAGACCCCACGCAGUCAAGACAGUAGCAAUACCAGCGUGGCGGGCCCACUACAGACCCCACAGUAGACAGUUACAAUACCACGCUGUCGGCCCGCUACAGACCCCACAUCAGACAGUACAAUACCACGCUGGCUGGCCCGCUCCAGACCCCACGUCAGGACAGUACCAAACCCACGCGGCUGGACCCGCUUCCAGACCCCACAGUCAGAACAGUACAAUACCACGCGUCUGGCCCGGCUCCAGGACCCCCCACAGUCAGACAGUACAAUACCACGCUGGCUGGGCCCGCUACAGACGCCACAGUCAGGGACAGUACAAUACCACGCUGUCUGGGCCGCCUCCCAGACCCCAGCAGUCAGACAGUACAAUACCACCACUGGGCUGGCCUGCUCCAGACCCCACAGUCAGACAGUACAAUACCACGCUGGCUGGCCCGCUCCACGACCCCACCAGUUCAGGACCAGUACCCAAUACCACGCUGUCUGGGCCCGCUACAGACCCCACAGUCAGACAGUACAAUACCACGCUGGCUGCCGCUCCAGACCCCACCAGUCAGAACAGUACAAUACCCACGCUGUCUGGCCUGCUACCAGACCCCACAGUCAGACAGUUACAAUUACCACGCUGUCUGGCCCGCUCCAGACCCCACAGUCAGACAGUACAAAUUAGCCACGCUGUCUGGCCUGCUCCCAGACCCCACAGUCAGACAGAAUACAAUACCACGCUGGCUGGCCGCUCCAGACCCCACAGUCAGACAGUAACAAUACACGCUGGCUUGGCCUGCUCCAGACCCCACAGUCAGACAGACAAUACCACGCUGUCUGGCCUGCUCCAGACCCCACCAGUCAGACAGUACAAUACCACGCUGUCUGCCCGCUCAGACCCCACAGUCAGACAGUACAAUACCACGCUGUCUGCGCUGCCUCCAGACCCCACAGUCAGACAGUUACAAUACCGACGCUGGCUGGCCUGCUCCAGAACCCCACAGUCAGACAGACAAUACCACGCUGGCUGGCCCCGCUACAGACCCCACAGUCAGACAGUACAAUUACCCACGCUGUCUGGCCUGCUCCAGACCCCACAGUCAGACAGUAACAAUACCACGCUUGCUGGCCCGCUACAGGACCCCACAGUCAGACAGUACAAUACACGCGUUCUGGCCGCUCCAGACCCCACAGUCAGACAGUACAAUACCACGCUGGCUGGCCUGCUCCAGACCCCACAGUCAGACAGUACAAUACCACGCUGGCUGGCCCGCUACAGACCCCACAGUCAGACAGAGAGCAGCCAGACCGCUCCCAGAGAGAAGCCAGAGAGCAGCCAGACCGCUCCCAGAGAGAAGCCAGAGAGCAGCCAGACCGCUCCCAGAGAGAAGCCAGAGAGCAGCCAGACCGCUCCCAGAGAGAAGCCAGCGAGCAGCCAGCGAGCAGCCAGACCACUCCCAGGGAGCAGCCAGGGAGCAGACAGCGAGCAGCCAGAACACUCCCAGAGAGCAGCCAGACCACUCCCAGAGAGAAGCCAGCGAGCAGCCAGCGAGCAGCCAGACCACUCCCAGAGAGAAGCCAGCGAGCAGCCAGACCACUCCCAGGGAGCAGCCAGGGGGCAGCCAGACCACUCCCAGAGAGAAGCCAGCGAGCAGCCAGACCAUUCCCAGGGAGCAGCCAGGGGGCAGCCAGACCACUCCCAGAGAGAAGCCAGCGAGCAGCCAGACCACUCCCAGAGAGAAGCCAGCGAGCAGCCAGACCACUCCCAGAGAGAAGCCAGCGAGCAGCCAGCGAGCAGCCAGACCACUCCCAGAGAGAAGCCAGCGAGCAGCCAGACCACUCCCAGAGAGAAGCCAGCGAGCAGCCAGCGAGCAGCCAGACCACUCCCAGAGAGAAGCCAGCGAGCAGCCAGACCACUCCCAGAGAGAAGCCAGCGAGCAGCCAGCGAGCAGCCAGACCACUCCCAGAGAGAAGCCAGCGAGCAGCCAGACCACUCCCAGAGAGAAGCCAGCGAGCAGCCAGCGAGCAGCCAGACCACUCCCAGGGAGCAGCCAGGGAGCAGACAGCGAGCAGCCAGAACACUCCCAGAGAGCAGCCAGACCACUCCCAGGGGGCAGCCAGACCACUCCCAGGGGGCAGCUAGGGAGCAGACAGCGAGCAGCCAGAACACUCCCAGAGAGCAGCCAGACCACUCCCAGAGAGCAGCUAGACCACUCCCAGGAGGCAGCCAGGGAGCAGACAGCGAGCAGCCAGAACACUCCCAGAGAGCAGCCAGACCACUCCCAGGGGGCAGCCAGCGAGCAGCCAAAGCCAGACAGUCAGCACCGUGUGUUCCUGUUCAGCCCAUUUGCUAG